UUCAGAGAUACUGCAGAUUUUCUCUUCUAGAUACUCUAGUGAACAAGGUUCCACUUACUUGGUCUGCAUCCCAAGGCUAAACAAAACCACCUCUAUCUCUCCCAGCCAGUUUACCAGGAUGGAUGAGGAGCAUCUUCAUGAUGAACUGCAUGUUUUUAAAGACAGAAACUUUUUCCAGCAGAAGCUGAGAUCCUUUUUCACAGUAUACUUGCUGCUGGCACUCUCUUUCUUGCUGAGCAUCACCCUGUUUGCUGUGUCACUCUCCAGAGUUUCAGCCCUUUCUUCUAAACUCCAUGAGGUGCACCUGCAACGGAAACAGAACUAUUCUGGCACAGAUUUCCUGUUGUUUCCCUGUGGACCUGGAUCGAGGGAGUGGGAAUACUUUGACAGAAAAUGUUACUACUUCUCCCUGCGUAGAACGAGCUGGCACAAGGCAAAGGCUCACUGUGAAGAGAUGCAUUCACAGCUGGCUGUCAUUGAUAGCUACGCCAAGCAGAAUUUUGUCAUGUUCAGGACAAGGAACGAACGCUUCUGGAUUGGGCUCACAGAUGAGAACUCAGAAGGGGAAUGGGAAUGGAUCGAUGGGACUGACUACAAAGCCACAUUCACUUUGGAUUUCACAUUACAAAAUUGCCCAGCACUUGUUUGUCACCAGACAAAACUUGAUCAUUGUUCAACUCCCUGUGACUUCACUGGUGACUGGCAAAGGUACCGCAAACGCUGGGGAAGGACUGUUCACACCUCUCACCUCUGCACUAAUAGCAGUUAAUGACACCCGAUUCUUGAACUGUGUUUCCAUCCAUUUCGAAAGUUUUUGGUUUUUUUCCUAUUGUAUCACAGCAUUCCUAGCAUCCAAACAAGGGUUAUUAUAUCUGCAAUAAAAGCAAAUAUA